UAUAAGGGAGGGCUGCUUCUCAUCGUUAUGGUUGUGAUUAUGUGGGUUACUUCUGCAGAGGUUACACAGUAACUAGAGGACGGGUGGAGAGGGCAAUGAUCCAUCACCAUAUUUGCUUUGCACGGUGGCAUGGGUCCCGAUAGUAAUCAGUGUCGCAUUAUUCUUGGAUCCUUAUAUAGUCACUUUUCGAGUUAGUGCUUGGUGACAUAAAGCUAUCCAACCUUUAAAUGUGAGUGUAGUCUUAAAGCCAGCGCACCACCGAAAAGAGUCCAUACUUCUACAGAAUAACGUUGAUUCGUUUGCUGGGUGUGUACACAGAAUACAAUCAUCCUUUCGCAGUGGCAUAUCUAGCAACUUCUCUGUUCGUAGUUCACCUUCCAAUAGCUUUCAUUAAGGAUUGGUUAAUAGGAAUACUCAUGAGAUGCUACAGCCGUAAAAGUGAAGAUGGUGCAGAUCAAACUGUGGAUGAGGAGUCCGCUGCAGAACUCGAUGCUUCUGCAAAACACAAUGGAUUGCAUAGUGCGUUUGAAAUUGAACAUCAGGAACCGUUGGGGAAUGAAUGCUCUUGUACAUACAUUUACUCUGAAAACGUCAAGCUGUUAGUUUCUGAAUCCACAAAUAAGAUUGACAUAGUAAAGGAAGACAAAAACAUUACCACAAGGGAAAUAGCCAAGUUUGGAUUUUACGUUGCUCCUCUCUGGUUUAUUACCGAGUAUCUAACAGAUGCUGCACUUGCACGAACAACAGUUGCCAGUACAACAUUGUUGUCUUCAACUUCAGCACCUUUUACGCUUCUCAUUGGUGCAUGUCUUGGUCAAGACUCUAUUAAUUUGGUAAAAGCAAUCGCUGUUGUUGUCAGCAUGGCAGGUGUUGUCAUGACAGCCUUUGGGAAGACUUCAACUGCAGAUGAAACGCAAAAUGGGAAGCACUCUCUUCUGGGCGAUCUUUUUGCUAUUCUUUCGUCCUUUACUUAUGGACUAUUUACCGUGCUGCUUAAAAAGUUUGCAGGAGGUGGUGAAAGGGUAGAUAUGCAAAAGUUAUUUGGCUUUAUUGGAUUGUUCACGCUUCUUGUUCUUUGGUGGCUCGUGUGGCCUAUGACUGCCAUGGGCAUGGAACCCAAGUUCAGAUUGCCCACCUCUGCCAAAGUGGAAGAAGUUAUUCUUGUCAAUGGUUUUAUUGGAAGCUUUCUCUCUGAUUAUUUUUGGGCAUUAGCUGUUGUUUGGACCUCACCGCUGAUAGCAGCACUAGGUGCUUCGCUUACGAUACCUCUUGGGAUGAUGGAGGACAUGCUGAUCCAUGGACAGCAUUAUUCAAUCAUUUAUGUUAUCGGUUCAGCUCAGGUAUUCCUUGGAUUUGUAGUAGCUAACCUUUCAGAUUGGUGCAUACACAAGUGGAAUAAUAGAUCUUGAAUUAUACGGUAUACCAGGAAAAUGUUGCAUUAUCUCCUUUUUCUUUCCUUGGACCAUUCUUUCUUAACUUUGAUGAUGUACGGCCUAUGAACUACGUACAUCUUUUCUUUUUGGUCUGUGUAUUGUAGGCAUCAUGAAAGAAAGCUAAUUGGCCUGUGAAAGAAAGCUAAAUGUAAUACAAAUCAGAACUGGCUGUUCCUGUACUCGGCUUUUUUUACAAAGUCAUGACUCCAAAUAUCGUGGAAUUGAAUC